UUGAAACGGUAACAGUGAAAAGCAGGGGAAAAGGAGACACCUUGAACAAAACUUCAGUAUCAUGAUGGACCAAGGCAACCUGUACAUGUUUUAUCAUGGGUUCUGUCUCCCAAAACUCGCUUACACUGUGGCCAGUCUGAAACAUUUUGAAUCGUUCCAGGUUCAGGACGACGAUAUUUUUGUAAUUACGUAUCCCAAAUCUGGUACAACAUGGAUGCAGGAAAUACUUCCCUUGAUCCUGAGUGGUGGAGACCUUACUCCUGUCCUUACCCUUGAAUGCUAUGAGAGAGCUCCAUGGCUUGGGGCAGUCCAUGCUACUAAAGUUGUAGGCAAGCUCAGUGCUCCACGUCCGUUCGUCUCUCAUAUGCCCUACCACCUGAUGCCUUCCACCUUCUUCUCUUCAAAAGCUAAGGUCAUUUAUAUUACUCGAAACCCAAAGGAUGUUGUGGUUUCCUAUUAUUAUUUCCACAAAAUGGCCAGUUAUCUGCACAACCCAGGGACUUUUGAAGAAUUUACUGACAGCUUCCUGGCAGGAAAUGUGAUGUUCGGAAAGUGGACAGAUCAUGUGAAGAGCUGGAAAAAUCCAGAUUUAGGAGACAGAAUUCUCUACAUGACGUAUGAGGAGAUGAUUCAGGAUCUGCGUGGAGCUGUCGAGCGCAUUUCAUGCUUUCUUGAUCGGCAGCUGAGUGAAGAGGCUCUGAAACGUGUGGCUGAACAGUGCCAGUUCAAAACCAUGAAGCAAAACAACAAGUCCAAUUACUCACUGGUGGCACCGAAGAUAAUGGACAACAGCGUUUCACCUUUCCUUAGAAAAGGCAGGAAUUUCUGGUGAUUGGAAGAAUCACUUCAGCCCUGAAUGUGAGGCCAAAUUCAAUGCAUUUAUUUCUGAAGAACUGAAGGGAACUAGCAUUACAUUUCCCUGGGAUGAGGAACAUCAAUGAAAUCCAAAACUUCAAUUAUAUUAUAUUAUAAUUAUUGAAAUAAAUCUAAUACAAGUGAAACUCCUAGCAUUAGUAUUUCUGGUUUCUUGUCAUGUUAGUGCCGUCUCACAGUGAUGAUGUAAAUAUUCUCUCUCUACCUGGCUCGAAUCUUAUUUUCAUUUACGCAUUAUAGAGGUUUAGCAUAGUGAAGCCAUAAAGAUCUUCUAUUAUCAAAGCCACUAUAUAUCUGGUCGUAUCUUGGCCAUUUAAUCUAUACAGAGAUGUUGUAUAGCUUAAGUGGCAAACAGUUGUCUCUGUUGUAUUUAGGUUUUCAGUGCAAAUGAAUUGUAGGCUGUUUGCCAUCUCUAAGUUCUUCAUAGUGUCUGAAUGGUGCUUGAGUGUAAGUGUGUGAUUGUGUUCUGUCAUGUACUGGUACCCUGAUAAGGGUGUCCCACUACCUUGCGUCCCGAGUUCUUGCAAUAAAGGUUUUGGAAUAUGGAUGGAGGGAUAAAUCAUGUCAAUUAAAAGCAAAAUAAAACUAGCCUAGCCUACACUGUGUGCAUGCAUGGCCUUGAUGUACGAUUUUGUGUACACUGUUAUGUGACUUUUAACAGCAGGUGUAAUGAUUUCUCCCGAAUUCAAACCUCAUGCUUUCUGCUGACGAAAUACGACGUGCUGGAUCAAGGGAUGUUUUAUAAGCUGCCUAAUAAUGAGUGUGGAAACCAUCUGGUGAAACUAAGACAAGUUUAGAAGUGAUUAAUGUGAUAACGAAUGACGCAAUUGUCACUAAUACCUUUUCUUCCUACCUUCUUUUAUUAGAGCAGAAUCGAUGUCUUUGGGCAUGUGUUAAUGCUGAUCUUACUCGUAGGCCGGGAAGUUGCACGAGUAUCCUGUUGUCUAAUAUAUAAUUGUUGAAUCUGUAUAGACGGGAAGUAGCUGUUCAGCUCACUCCCUGAUGCAGGAAAGACUCCUUUCCUAUAUGAGUUGUACUCAUAAGUGGGUUUUUUUGACCAUCAGCAUUUUUCCAAGUCCAAGUUUCUUCAAGUUUCGUAAUCUUUUUUUACGAUGUAAAAAUAAAGUUCAUUUGUUUCUAAAUGA